UAAAUUUUGCAAUACCUUUUAUGAUGCAAUCACAAAAUAAGAAGUGCAUGCAUAGUAAAUUUUGCAAAGCUGCGAAAAAACUGCUUAAGAGUACUAAUAAAAAUAAACUCAAACCUCUUUAUAAGCAACAGAGUAUCCAUCACUCCGUCAAGGACCGUUUUGCUUAUGCGAGUUGUGGCAUUAAAGUUGUUGUUAGCUGUAUGUGCAUGCCUAUUCAUCCACAGAGUGUUUUCUGUAAAACAGAAUUCAUAAUCAAAGCAAGGAUUCUUUCAAAAGAAAUUAUAAAAGUCAAUUACACUGACGAAAACCUUCUAAACUUGGACAUUCUUUUUUCUCAUCAUAUUGUUUAUAAAAUACUGAUCAAGUCUGUGCUGAAAAAUGCAAAAUCAUCAUAUCAAUUUAACUUGCAACAACUUCAUUCCCUAUAUACACCUGCAGUAGAAAGCAGUUGUGGAAUUCAACUUGAAAUCGGAAAACCUUAUUUGCUGACGGGAAAGUUUGACAACACCAAACUUCAAAUGAACUUUUGCGAUUUUAAUAUGAAAUGGCACCAUUUAACAACUGAAAUAAUUGACGGUAUUAGUGGAAAGUAUGAUUGCGCUUGUCAGAUUACAACCUGUAUGAAUGGUUAUUGUGAAAAAAAAAAUUCAUGCAAAUGGAACAUCUCUUGGGAUAAACCUUUAGAAGACUGUGUAUAUAAACAUUUAACUUGCGGAAAGUCUAACGAAAAAUGCCGAUGGAACAAAAAUUCAUCUUAUAAACAAUGUUUAUUGGAAGAAAAAUAUUUCUUAUCAUUUCCUUAGAAAAACUAAAUGAAGUGGAAAACUAACAGAUCUUACUUUAUAAAUUCGAAGUUAAAUUGA